AUGGAGGCGCCUCUCGCUCGCGGCGCUCGCGGCUCGGCCGCCCCAAAAGGCGUGGCUUCAGCGUCCUUUUCGCGGCAGGCGGCCGUGCGGCUCCGCGCCCCAAAAGGUGGGCGGAGCGGCGGACACUGGGCCCCCAGCGCCCUCGUCUUCCUCGCGGCGCGGCGCUUCUCGCUCCGCGGAACUCCGCGGACUCCGCGGCGUGUCGAGGCGGUGCCGGGGCACGGGCUCUUCGCGCUGCACGAGGUGGAUCCGGAGCUCAGCACGCUGAUCUCGAAGGAGUGGGACCGGCAGACGCGGAGCGUCAACCUCAUCGCCUCGGAGAACUUUGCGUCUCCGGAGGUCUUUGAGAUCUUAGGCUCGGUGCUCAACAACAAGUACUCCGAGGGUCUGCCCGGGGCGCGGUACUAUGGCGGGAACAUGUUCAUCGACGACGUGGAGAGGUUGUGCAAGCAGCGGGCGCUCGCUGCAUUCGACCUGGAUCCUCUGAGAUGGGCAGUGAACGUUCAGCCCUACUCGGGCUCGCCCGCCAACUUUGCCGUGUACACGGCCCUGCUAGAGCCUCAUGAUCGCAUCAUGGGCAUGAGCCUGCUGGCUGGGGGACACCUCACCCACGGGCACUACACCAGCACCCGCAAGGUGUCUGCGACCUCGGUGUACUUCGAGUCGUUGCCCUACGGCGUGGACAAGAAGACGGGCUUGAUCGACUACGAGGCUCUGCGUGAGACGGCCAGGACGUUUCGCCCUCGCCUCAUUAUCGCCGGGGCCUCCGCGUACCCUCGCCAUAUCGACUUCGAGGCUUUCCGCGAGGUGUGCAACGAGGUGGGCGCCUACUUGCUGGUGGAUAUGGCACACAUCAGCGGGCUGGUGGCGACGGGCCAGCAUCCUUCCCCCUUCCCAUACGCGGACGUGGUCACCACCACCACGCACAAAACGCUGCGCGGGCCGAGGGGCGGUAUGAUCUUUUGCCGCAAGGAGUUCGAGCAGAAGAUCGACAACGCGGUAUUCCCGGCGCUGCAGGGGGGGCCUCACAAUGCCACCAUCGGGGCUCUGGCGUGCCAGCUGCGGGAGGUGGCCAGCCCGGAGUUUCGGAGCUACGGCCAGCAGGUGGUGGCGAACUGCGGGGCCCUGGCGAACUUCUUGGCUCAGGAGGGCUGCAAGCUGGUGACCGGGGGCACGGACAACCACCUGCUGCUGUGGGAUCUGAAGUCCGAGGGUUUGUCGGGAGCGAAGAUGGAGAAGGUCUGUGAAGAGGCCUCCAUCAUCGUGAACCGCAACACCAUCGCCACCGACACCUCCCCGGUCUCCCCGGGUGGUGUCCGCCUGGGUAGCUGUGCCAUGACCACCCGGAAGGUGGACGAAAAAGGCUUCGAGCGGAUCGGGGCUUUUCUGCUGCGGGCGCGGGACAUUGCGCUGGACAUCCAAAAGAGGUCUGGAAAUAAGAAGCUGGUCACGUUCCUGGAUUUCUUGCACGAUUCCAGCUCCCCUGAAAGAGCCUUGUUGCUGGAGCUGGGCUCGGAGGUGGAGGACUGGGCGGCGACGCUGCCCUUCCCCAGCCAGCCCCAAAGGCGCCGCUGCCCGCCUUGGAUUCAGAGGCGCGAGCCAAGGAUGGAGCCGCGCGGCAGGGGUCACCUGCCUGCUGGCGCGACGGGGCAAACGCGAGGUGCAGGCCUUCAACGUGGAGCUCAACCGAAGGAUCCUGGCAUGCCGUCAGGCGAGCCAGGUGGCGGAGCUGUGCUAACAGCACCUGCCGCAGUUCGACACGGUGAAUCUGCCGACUGCGCUACAAUGCCUGGCGCGGUUGGGGGUGCAUCAGGACGAUGA